CGUGCUUGCUCCACCCUUUUCAGCCAUGUCUUCGGAGUUGCUGGGGCUUGAAGUUCCCGCCAGGUGAGAGCUGGGCCAGAGCUAUGCUGCCCGGCCCGCCUUGUCUUUGAGACGAGAAGAGCGUCCCCGACCCCUUUCAGCUUGCUGACGGCGUCGACCCCUGGGCAACUAUGUCCACGGGGUUCUCCUUCGGGUCCGGAACGCUGGGCUCCACCACUGUGGCCGCCAGCGGCAGCGGCACAGGCGGCGGUUUCUCCUUCGGAACAGGGGCGUCUAGCAACCCUUCUGUGGGGCUCAAUUUUGGAACUCUUGGAAGCACCACAACUCCAGCAACUACAUCUGCUCCUUCAGGUGGUUUUGGAAGCGGGCUCUUUGGAUCUAAAUCUGCCACUGGGUUCACUCUAGGAGGAACAAAUACAGGAAUAGCAACAACUAUAACUACAGGAUUAACUCUGGGAGCGCCAGCCACCACGUCAGCUACAACAGGCUUCAGUUUAGGAUUCAGUAAACCUGCAGCAUCUGCCACACCAUUUGCUCUACCUAUUACUUCUACCUCAGCUAGUGGUCUCACUCUUUCAUCUGCUCUGACAUCAGCUCCAGCAGCAUCCACAGGAUUUACUCUCAAUAAUUUGGGUGGAACAACCGCUACAACUACAACUGCAUCAACGGGCCUUUCUUUAGGGGGAGCCUUAGCUGGUUUGGGAGGUUCACUUUUCCAGAGCACAAACACAGCAACAUCAGGACUUGGACAGAGUGCUUUAGGCUUAACUUUGGGAACUACAGCAGCUACUUCAGGGGCAGGCAAUGAAGGCCUUGGUGGUAUAGAUUUUAGUAGCUCAUCAGAUAAAAAGAGUGAUAAAACAGGAACAAGACCAGAAGACAAUCAAAGCUAUAUUUUUUAAAACCUCAGUUUUAUUUAUUUUUUUAGGAAAUUUGUGAAGGAACAAAAACAGGUCCAAGAAGAAAUUAGUAGAAUGUCUUCAAAAGCAAUGCUUAAAGUACAAGAAGAUAUUAAAGCUCUGAAGCAGCUUCUCUCAUUGGCUGCCAGUGGAUUACAGAGAAACACUCUCAGUAUUGACAAAUUGAAAAUAGAAACUGCUCAGGAGUUAAAGAAUGCUGAAAUAGCUUUAAGAACCCAGAAAACCCCACCUGGACUUCAACAUGAAAAUACAGCUCCUGCUGACUAUUUCAGAAUCUUGGUUCAGCAAUUUGAGGUACAGCUUCAGCAGUACAGACAGCAGAUUGAAGAACUAGAAAAUCAUCUUGCCACUCAAGCAAAUAAUUCACAUAUAACCCCUCAAGAUCUGUCAAUGGCUAUGCAGAAAAUUUAUCAAACGUUUGUAGCUUUAGCUGCACAACUUCAAUCUAUUCAUGAAAAUGUAAAGGUGCUCAAAGAACAGUACCUUGGGUACAGGAAAAUGUUCUUGGGAGAUGCUGUAGAUGUGUUUGAAGCCAGGCGAGCAGAAGCCAAGAAGUGGCAGAAUGCACCCAGAGUUACUACUGGGCCCACUCCAUUCAGCACGAUGCCAAAUGCAGCAGCCGUUGCCAUGGCUGCCACACUUACACAGCAGCAACAGCCUGCUACAGGGCCACAGCCAUCUCUGGGAGUUAGUUUUGGAACGCCAUUCGGCUCAGGUAUUGGCACUGGCUUGCAAUCAAGUGGCUUAGGUUCUUCAAACCUUGGAGGAUUUGGAACUAGCUCUGGUUUUGGAUGCAGCACCACAGGGGCCUCCACAUUUGGAUUUGGAACAACAAAUAAACCCUCAGGAAGUCUUAGUGCAGGCUUUGGCAGCUCAAGUACAUCUGGGUUUAACUUCAGCAAUCCUGGCAUCACAGCAUCAGCUGGUUUGACAUUUGGGGUGUCCAAUCCUGCCUCUGCAGGUUUUGGAACAGGAGGACAACUCCUUCAGUUGAAGAAACCUCCAGCUGGAAACAAAAGAGGAAAAAGAUAAACCUAUGAGUUGAUCUGUUGAGAGAAUCCAUAGCAGCACCGUUCCUUCUAUGAGUCUAUUUUUCUAAUGAUGCAGUAAUUAAAUUGCUUCCCAGGAGAUUUAUAAAGUUUUGAUAUUUUUCCCUACUCUGGAAUUUGAACUUUGUUCAUGUUUGCCAUACUGAAUAUCUUUUUUCUUGUGAAUUUAAAACCCAGUUGUGUUUUUUGUUAUUUUGAUUCUCAGUGUAAGGAAUGUUCUGAUUACAUCACUGAUCAAUAGUGGUAAAAAAUCAUUAAUCUGAAACCUACUAUUUAACCUAGUGUUGAUAGCAUUGUUUUUGUUGAUAAGGUUUACAUUGUGUGAAUAUAUGCAUAUUUGUUUCUUAUACAGAUCGUAUGAACUCUAGGGCCUAUAACUAGAAUUGGUUUGUUCCUUGAUAAAUCAAGGCCUUUUAAAUUACACUGCAGGGCAUCUUGUAAUAUGUAUGUAAAUAUACAGAAUAAUACACACAAUUGUGUGUGCAUAUAGAAAAUAUAUUUACAGACCUACAACUUUUUGCCUCAUACUGUUCUCGUUUUCUAAGGGUAUUCAGUUUUUCACCUUUUAAGCUCUGCAUCCUCAGUGCUUGUAGACUGAUGACUAGAAGUACCAGGUUUAAGCACUUAUUUGCUUAAAGACUUACUAAAUGGUUACUGGCAUCAGUAUUUGACUGACUGAACUUCAUUGCCCCCAGUCUUUUCCAUUUUUGCUUCUUUCUUAACCUUUAGCAGUUAUUCCAAAUGAGAAAUUCUGUAAAACUCAUCAAACAGAUUUUAACAACUUUUAUCCUGUAUAUCCUCAUAUUGCUUCUAUGAGAUGUUUUUUCAUAU